GCUUUUUUAGGACUCGUAGGCAGGCAAGCCCAAGAAAUCGAACGCAAAGUCCAGCUCUAGCCUAUCACAACCUUUGAAAACAAAGUUCAGUCACAACAAACCACCCAAAAUCAUCAUUGGUCAUGAAUUUUGGGUUGGGAUUCUCGCCUAGUCCUCCCGGGCCCGCCCAUACUUCUACAGAGGGCGAGGAAUGCAGAACUAAGUCAGACCAGGAUGAAGAGGAUGAGGACUACAUGUCCGAGGCUUUUCUUUCCCAAUGUGUCCAAAAAGACAUUCGUCCCGGACUCAAAAGAACCCUCCCAAAACAACGAGAACAUGAGUUGGCCAAGCAGAGAUCAGAAGGGGAGCAGCGACGCCAAGCGGCCAAAUGGGACAAACGCCAGCGAAUGAACUUGGAGUCCGAAAAACGGGAAGAGGGAUUACAAAAAUCAUUAGAUACCUCCAACAAAGGAUUUGCCAUGCUCGCUAAAAUGGGAUAUAAAUCAGGUCAAAGUCUAGGUAAAUCGAACUCGGGCCGAGUCGAGCCCAUCGGGAUUCAAAUCAAAAUCGAUCGGGGUGGUUUGGGGCGCGAAGCUGUCCUGCAAGAGAUCGCUCUUCAAAAGACCACCAUGAUGAGAGCUCGGAUGGCACGGAAAGCUCGAGCCACUUCCACUCAGAGUAUUCAAGAGUACAGAGCUCACAUGUCUCGUCAGCGCAAGCUUCAAAUGGUGGAAGUGGAUUUAAGGAAAUCUCAGAAAUCUUGCUUCCAACUCGAUUCCGCCAAAGAGAUUAGAGAUCCGGCGGAAUCAUGGUUCUGGCCGCCGAAAGUGCAAGACGCUCCUCCAAUCGAUCCUGAUUCCGCAUCUAACGAACCUUCUGCAGCUCUAAUCAAUGAGGAAGACGAGAAGGAUGAUGAUAAUGAUGACAUCUGCGAGCUGGAAGUCGAUGAACAGCUCGAGAUCCUCACUAAUUACCUUCGGAUGCAGUAUUUCUACUGUCUUUGGUGUGGGACGACUUUUACCGAUGAGCCCGAUAUUGUCACAAACUGUCCUGGACGAACCCGACAAGAUCAUGACGAUUAGGAGGGACAAGUUUGAGGAGGAAUAAAUGGGAUGCUGGUGUGAUUCAUAAGGACAAGGACACGCAUGUCUUGUGGUUGUAUUCUGGUCCGAAAAGUAGAAAAUCAACAAGUUUUUAUACAGACACUAAUUGGGCACAGGUCUUUGGUUGUCCUCGGUCGAGCGACUAGUGAGUGAGACAGGUGGAUAGGAGAUAAAGAGAGAUGCGAACAAUAACGAAACAAGGAUGAAUUUGGGCCGAAAACGACAUGUUGUCUGCGCAAUUCACGGCGAAAGUGAAUGACACUGACGAGAUGUCUACCAAUUGUCCAGAAAGUCGAAUCCAGUUUUGGGAAGAUCCUGAAAGACAAAGAUGGAUGUUACUUCUAGUUUUCUUGAAUCAUUCAGGUGUUUCCAGGCGAAAUAUACAUUGCGUGUUCA